AUAAAGAAUAACACAAAACAACCUCACCAAAUACUCCUUCCACCACCACCACCACCACCACCAUGAUCCGCACCAUGUCAACCACCUCGGAGCUGGACGAGAUCAGUGCCAGCUACGACGUGCCUGUGGUGGACCCCGCGACAGUGCCUAAGGUCCUGUAUGGCCACCGCGCGUCCCUGGACAGUCUGGUGGACCCUGAGUGGAGCCACGAGUCCAGGGUCCUCGUCCUCUACACGGGCGGGACCAUAGGAAUGAUGAGGAAUGAGAGAGGACGUCUUGUUCCAAUACCUCAUGCGAUGGAGACCAACAUAAGGAGAUAUCCACAUAUGCACGAUGAGGACUAUGCGGUUAAGAGAUUUGCUAACAACUUCACCCAACCUCUCGUUCUGCCCGAGUGCCAGGGUGAGCGCCGCAGGGUCGUAUAUUGGGUCUACGAGUACGACCCGCUUCUCGACUCGUCCAACAUGACUAUGGACGACUGGAUCAGAGUGGCCAAGGACAUCAGGGAAGUGUACGAGCUGUUUGAUGGGUUUGUGGUGCUACACGGCACGGACACGCUCUCCUACACGGCCGCCGCUCUGUCUUUCAUGCUGGAGAACCUGGGGAAGCCUGUCGUCAUUACUGGGUCACAGAUCCCAUUGUUUGAGACGCGCAGCGACGGUCGAGACAACUUCAUCAGCUCGCUCAUCAUGGCUGGCAGCUACAGCAUCCCCGAGGUGGCCGUCUUCUUCAACAACAAGCUUUACCGAGGCAACAGAACCACCAAGGUGUCCACGGGUAGCCUGCAGGCCUUCGACUCACCCAACAUGUCUCCCCUGGCCACGGCGGGCAUCGCCAUACACGUCGACUACCGCUCAGUCUACCGGCCGACGUCCCUUGAGAAAUUUAAAGUCUUUGACCGGCUCAACCGCAACGUUGGUCUCUUGCGCAUUUUCCCGUCAAUCUCGGCGGAAACGGUGCGCGCCUUUCUACAGCCCCCCAUGGCCGGCGUGGUGAUCCAGACCUACGGCGCGGGGAACAUGCCAUCGAACAGGAAGGACAUUAUGGAGGAGCUCCGCAAGGCCACAGAACGCGGGGUCAUCAUCGUCAACAUCACCCAGUGCAUGCAUGGGGCUGUGGACGCGAUCUACGAGACGGGUCAGGCGCUGGUCGACUCUGGGGUGCUGGCGGGCAUGGACAUGACCCCCGAGGCUGCCCUGACCAAGCUGAGUUACGUGUUGGCGAAGACCUCGUGGGAUUUGGUUACGAAGAGGAGGAUGAUGGCCAAGAACCUCCGCGGGGAAAUGACCUGCCUUGCCCAACAGGAGGAAGGUCUAGGAGCGGGCGAGGAGGGAGGGGGCGUGAGGGAACUUGACGUGGUUGCUUCAAUAUCCCGAGCGCUUCAGUUGACCUCCGCCGACGAUGUUGACCACGUGAAGGACUUGCUGUUACCCGCGAUCUUCUUUGCCGCUGUGGUGAAUGUGGAUUUGACCAGACUGGAGGAGAUUUACCAGAAUGGCGUGGAGAUCAACAUGCAGGAUUCGUCAGGUUGGACAGGUCUUCACAUGGCUGCCAACGAGGGGCUGACGGAGGCUGCCACGUGGCUGCUCCAGCACGGCGCCAGUGUGCACAUCAGAGACAAGAUGGCCCGCACACCACUGUCACUGGCCAUAGAGAACGACCACCACCAGGUCAUCUCUCUCCUGAUCAAGACCGGCGCCCACCUCAUUGAAGCUCCGUUGAGGCUGGGCGAAGCGCUCGUCACUGCCGCCGCCGCUGACAACCCCCGUCGCCUCCUGUCCUACCAGCUGGCGGGGGCGGACCUCAGCUUGCAGGACCCGUGUGGCCGGUCCGCGCUGCAUGCUGCAUGUACGGUUGGGUCUGAGGAGUGCGUGAAGGUGCUCCUGUCUGCUAGCGUGCCCACGGAUGAGCCGGACAGGACGGAACUCACCCCCUUGAUGUGUGCGCAGAUCAACGACCACCUCAACAUCACUGACCUUCUGGAGCAACACACGAAGACGCAGGAACAGAGAGUUAACAAUGGUCUACUACCAGGCUGAAGCACACACACACACACACACACACACACACACAGUUACCAUCCCUACACACACAGUUACCAUACCCACACAACCACCUCACUAACACAUCCCACACUCACAUCAACACCCAUGGGCUAUUCACGUGCAAGCCUCCCCCUCUCAGCUUCCACCGCCAGCUCUCCAUUGCCCUACAAGCUACCACUCAAGGAACACACACACACACACACGCUGGUAGAGUCUGUAUAGCAUAAUUGUGGAGGUAUUUAGCGAUGUGUUACGGGAAUGUAUCAUGUGUCAUCAUCAUCCAUUUAGCUGUCAAGUCUCAAAUCAUUCCAUACAGAGUUUAUUUUGUUGUUGCUGUUGUUUGUGUUGGUGGGUACAUGUUUUGGUCUUGUAUAGUGGGGCCCUGGGAUGCCAUAUAUAUACCAGAAACUUUCAUGUAUUUUCUUAUUUUUCUUCUCUCUCUCUCUCUCUCUCUCUCUCUCUCUCUCGUACAUUAGCUUCUAUUCAAUAUAUAUUCUCCUUCCAUCUCCCUCUCUUUCUCUUCCUCUCUCCUUCCCUCUCUCUUUUUCUCUAUCAAGGAUGCAUCAUGGAAGCUGGUGUGCACGUCUACCUCUCCUCCUCCCUUUCCCACAAUACACCACAUCCAGCCACACCACACCCCACACCACAUCCAGACACACCAUACACCACAGCACAUCCAGCCACACACCACACACCACACUACAUGACAUCGUAAAGCAUUUGGAGUCGAGAUGUUUUUAUAGACUCCAACUGUGACUCUACGCCUCUGAUUGCAACCUUCUCUAUCUCACUCUCUGUAUAGUCUCCUAGUUAACACAAGCUUUGAUAUUACACUUGAGAUGAUAAUAGGACUUUUUCAGGCACCACAGUCCUUCCAGCCACCUUAGAAGUUAUAUAUACUGUAGAUGCAUAAUAUUGAUGUGGUUUGUGAUAAAGAGUGCCAGGGUAGUGUCUCUCUCUCUCUCUCUCUCUCUCUCUCUGAAGAAAUACUAUCAUUUUUUUUCUUUUCCUCCUCCUCCUCUUCUCUUUUUCUUUUUCUUCUUCUUCUUGCAGCAUCCCUCUCUCUUUUUCCUUUUCAUAUCCUCUCUCUCUCUCUCUCUCUCUCUCUGAAGCAAUAGUAUCAUGAUAGUUGUAUUUUUGUUAAUUGUUUAAUCGUAUCAAGCUUAAACACACACACACGCACACACCUUUAAAAUUCAAGCUUAUGUCAGGCCUACACACACACACACACACACACACACACCAUCAGCCUCACCAUCAUCACUGCACUGUUAACCUCAGCACUGUAAGCUUAGCAAGAGGUCUUCACUGUAUUGUCACUGUAUAUAAUAAACUGUUGAAUGUGC